AUGCGCCCAAGAACCUCAGAAACUGCCGCCCAGCCUUCUCAGGCACAGGCAACUUCGGCUACGUCGAACCAUCACCCCCUCUUCGCUGGUGUUCCGCCGCCAAUCGACGCUCCUCCGCACGAUCACCAACCUCACCGCGAGCCCGGCCAGCACGACCACGCCCAAGAACCACCUGCACAAGGUCCUGCCUACGACCAACACGCGUACAUGAACACCGGUCCCGUCCACUACCAACCAAACUUCCCGGUAGCGCCGCCAUCCUACUACCACGAUUCGAGUGCCUUUCUUCACGAUCAGUACGGCGAUUACGAGGACUACGAAGAUUACGACGAUGACGAGGAUGACGAUGAAGAUAUGGAUAUGAGCGAUAGCGACGGAGGUGUUCCCUUGGGAAAUGUCAUGCCUGCCACCAGCGUACUGUCUCCCGGGCCAGACGCCGAGCCUGUCUCGAGUCACCCCGAAGACCAUCCUGGAAGUCCUCAUCCCGAAGACUUCACCCACGCUGCCUACGAGAAUCACCUGUCGCCUACAGCGCCUCCUGCACAUAUGACGUCCUACUGGAGCGUAUCGGUUUUUGACCCGACAGGGCCCUUCCACCCCACCCCGCUCAACACUAUUCCCUUUCAUCCUAUGCUGAACGGCGGCGGUGUGGAAGACGAUGACGAUGACGACUUCUUGGAACCGACGAACCCGGUCGUCAUUUCCAGUCUUGCUGGGGAAUUCCAGCAGCACGGGGCUAUGGCCAUCGACGAAGAAGAGGCCGCCGCAUGGCAAGACGAAGGUCCCCCAGCUGUCAGCAACCCCAACCCUAGCACUCUUGGACCGGAGAACCACUGCCUGAAAGAAUUCUUAAAAGAAUGGGCGUGGCGUAAUCGUGGUGCCCGUUACCAGCUUCGGGGGCCCAGUCCCGGAAUUCAGUCCAUCACAGCGCAAGCUGCAAAGAAGAUCCCGCGAGUACAAUAUUCGGACCUCGAAGGUGACGAAUGUGAUAUACAAGGCAUCAACUGGGAGGAUCUUGGUGUAACUCGAUCGAAAGCUCGCGAGCGCAGAAGGUUGAUGUACAAGAACUACACCAAUAGGACAGGUUCGGACAAGUGGCAGAACGACUUCCCCGAUCGAGCCGCUUGGAAUGUUGAAGAUUUCUUCAGGUUCCGCCGCAUGCAUAUCCGGCAAAACGUCCAUCUAGCCCACUUCCAGCUGCGUAACAUCCUCGCUUGCGCGGGGAGAAGCCGUGCUUUCUACCCAGGACAGCGAGCUAUACAUCAGCUCAACCCUGUGUCUGGUCACAGCGAGGUGGCCAUGGAUCUGACGGACCUGGGAGGCGUUCAAAUUUCAACGUUGGAUGCCAACUGUGGCGUCCUCAUCGCCGGUACUUUCAACGGCGAAUACUGCAUGCGUAACAUUCACAGUCAAGACAAGAAGUACACGGAAGGGCAGAUUACCAACCACAUUAGCGGCAUCACCAAUCAUCUGCAGAUUCACGAAUCACGAAAUUCAUCAGCAAUGGCCGCAUUUGCAUCUAACGACCAAGGUUUUCGCGUCAUGGACGUCGCUACGGAAAAGUUCGUCAUGGAGACGCAGUACCCCUGCCCCAUCAACUGUUCCGCGCUCUCAGCUGACCGUCGCCUGCGGGUGAUGGUCGGCGAUAACUACGACGUUAUGAUCGCCAAUGCGGAUACUGGGGAGAUUCUUCGAGAGCUGGACGGCCAUCGUGACUUUGGGUUCGCAUGCGACUGGUCGGACGACGGCUGGACUGUUGCGACCGGUUUUCAGGAUAUGAGCGUCAAGAUUUGGGACGCUCGAAUGUGGACGAAAUCGGAUGGCUCCAGCAAGCCACUCGCCACGAUACGCUCAGAAAUGGCUGGUGUCCGAAGUCUGCGGUUCUCGCCAACGGGUAGCGGCCCGCCCGUGCUUGUUGCCGCCGAGGAGGCAGACUUUGUCAACAUCAUCAACGUUCAAACUCUCCGUCACAAGCAGACAUUUGACAUUUUUGGAGAAAUAGGAGGGGUGGAAUUCUCAAAUGACGGCCAGGACCUCAACGUUCUCUGUAUGGAUCGGACACGUGGCGGCUUGGUUCAGCUGGAACGUCACGAUAUGGGCUCCUGGGAAUUCGAGUCAGCGAACCAGCAGACCUCGAGAGAUGCCUGGUGGAGAACAAAACGAGGCGCAACUGACGACGAAUCGUCUAAGCGACCGACGUCGCCCAUCCAGUGGGAAAGGAAGGUAUCAGUCUUUGACGACUUGGAGCCCUUUUGA